GUUAAGACCUAGACCAGAACCUCAGUAUGUACUCAUCAGGGUACCUUAAGUUAGGUACCUACCUCUUACAAUCAUCAACCAUCGCCAACCAACACCUCAUCACCCAAUCACACCUCGCCUGAUCUAAACCAUUGCCGCCUCCAUCGACUCGUUAGGCUUUCUUACUAUCCGAUCUCCUGGCUUCCUAGGUAGCUACAGCAGAACAACUAUCUUAUUUGCUUUGCUAUUAAAAUCAGAAUCGCUCCUAGGACAUUUCGGUUAACAUCACUGUUGUGUCUUCUCAACAUUUCAAUUGACGAUCGAUCCCAAAAAUGGCUGAACCAACCGAGGGCGGCUCUGACCCUCAAGUCACCUUCAAGGUGAAGACGUCGGGCGAUAAGCAACAUACCAUCACCAUGGCCGAGACCGCUACCGUAUCCGAUUUGAAAAAGAAGCUUGCCGGUGUCGAAUUCGAGGAUAUCCCUGUUGACCGACAACGUUUGAUCUACUCUGGCCGUGUCAUGAAGAACGAGGAGCCCUUGAGCACGUAUAGGAUUAAGAACGGUAAUACCGUUCACCUAGUCAAAAGCGCUGCGAGCAACCCGACACCCGCCCCAGCCUCGUCAUCGACAUCCUCUUCUACGCCUACAGCGCCCCAAAUUCCCACCAAUAUGGCUGCGGGCACGGCAAACAACCCCUUAGCAGGUCUGACUGGUGCAAGAUACGCCGGCUUAACCAAUCUACCAUCCGCAGAUAUGUUCGGUCCUGACGGCGGAAUGGUCGGUUCCAUGAUGGACGAGGAGCAGCUAGCCAAUAUGCUCAGCAACCCGAACGUCGCUCAACAGAUGAAUGAGAUGAUGAACAACGAUGCCUUCAUCGACAUGAUGAUUCAGUCGAAUCCUAUGUUACGAAACAACCCCAACGCCCGCGAAAUUGUGCGGUCGCCGCUUUUCCGCCAUAUGAUGACCAACCCUGACGCCUUACGAGGAGCCGCACGAUUACAGCGGGCAAUGGGAGGUCGCCAAGCUGCUCAGAAUGCCUUUCCCAUGCCUGGUGUGACUGACACUACUCCUGGUGAUCUAUCUUCUAGUAGUGCACAGGAUAAUGCCAACAGCAAUCCUAGUAGCAACCAGAACGCCGGUGGCCAGUACAACCCGUUCGACCCAACCACCUGGAGCAAUAUUCAAGUUCCAGGUGCCGGUGGUGGCGGUGCCGCCGCUAAUCCCUUUGGUGCUUUCUUUAACCCGUUCGGGGCAGCUCAGCCAGCUCAAGGCGCAACUAGCCCAGGGGCAACCCAGGCGACAGGUAGCGCACAAACCGAAAGCGGCAAUACCAGUACUAACCGAGGUCAAGGAACCAGUACGGAAAAUCCGUCAAGUCAGCCUCCUAACCCCUUUGCUAGUCUCUUUGGUGGAAGUGGUGCCUUUCCGGGUGUCGGCGCCGGUGUCGGUGCUGGAACCGGUGCAGGCGCGGGCGCAAACCCUUUGGGCAACUUGCCCCCCGUGACCCCCGAGCUUUUACAGCAGAUGGUCCAAGUUCUAGGUAUGGGGUCGCCAUCAGGAUCGCCCGCUCCACCAGACAACCGACCUCCUGAGGAACGCUACGCGGAACAAUUGAGACAACUGAACGACAUGGGUUUCUAUGAUUUCGACAGAAACGUAGCCGCCCUGCGACGAAGCGGCGGGAGCGUACAAGGCGCCAUUGAGCAUCUAUUAAACUCUUAACGAAAGAUAAAUCAUUAGUGUCUCGUUACUUCAUCGUAUCCUUAAUGUAAACGUUGGGAUGGGUAUGGGCGAUGAACCCCUCGUGUGGAAGGGGGCGGUAGUAGGUACUUAGCUAGAGACCAGCGGUUGGAUUGAAGCCCAUGGCUUGAUAAAUAUCAUUUCUAAGCAAGCCCGACCGGAAAUCUUGCUUGGGCAUGAGUUGCUGCGACUGGAGGGUAGUGGUUUACCUUUGUAACGUCUUAUAAUAGCGAGAAAAGAAGCAACACAAUUCACCAAGAGCUUCUAUUUUACGGUGCAACGCCUUAGGUAUAUUCAUUACAUUCAUAGAUUAGAGGAUUAGUGGGAUAUAUGUCAUCAGCCCAGCUGGAUUAUAAUACCUAGGUACCUGUUAAUGCCGUGAAUUAAGUUGCGAGAGACAACUUUCUCUAUAAAAGUUAUCGCUUGUAUCCUUAACCUUUAUGU